AUGUCAGAUACUAUUUUUAUAGCUGUUCAUGUUGGCGCAGGCUAUUUGUCACGUACAAAAGAGUCGAAAUACACGUCUGCUUGCAAAAAAGCAUGUUUGAGUGCCAUGGCCAUCUUGAAAAAAGACGGCUCUUCGAUACAAGCUGUAACUGAAGCCAUCAAACAGUUAGAAAAUGAUCCCAGUACAAAUGCUGGCUAUGGGUCGAAUUUGAGUUUGACAGGCAAAGUUGAAUGCGAUGCAAGUUUAAUGACAGGGAAGACCGGCACAUUUGGAGCCAUAGGCGCUGCUAGUGGUCUCAGAAACCCAAUCGAAACACCAUACCAGAUGAUUACGGAAACAGAGAAAGGCUUAUUAUCACUUGGACGAAUCCCUCCAAUGUUUCUUGCAGGAAAAGGAGCUGCAGACUGGGCCAAAGCUCGUGGAAUUCCUACGGUUGAAGAUGAUGAACUUGUAGAACCAAAUGCGCAGAAAACGUAUCUUAAGCACAUACAAAUGCUUGUUGACGAACAAGAUUCACAGAAUGCAGAUCUUGGACAUGAUACUGUUGGUGCUAUAUGUAUUGACAGCAACGGCGAUAUAGCUGCUGGCGUCAGUAGUGGAGGAAUCUCUUUGAAAUCACCUGGACGAGUAGGCGAGGCAGCCAUGUAUGGAAGUGGCUGUUGGGCUCAAAACGAAAUAAGAAAUUUGCCUGGUGUGGCAUGCAGUACAACAGGGACUGGCGAGCAGAUCAUGCGAACAAUGUUUACGUAUAAAUGCGUGGAGCGUUUAUUGAAAGAAGAUGAUAUACAAGCAGCAGUCGUUGAUGCAUUGAAUAAAGACUUUCUUGAAUCUCCAAUGCUAAACAUUUAUGACCAGAAAUCAGUAGGCACUAUUGCACUGCGCUCACAAAAAUCUCAUGGCAAAACAAGAGUAGAGUUUUGGUUUGGACAUGUCACAGAGGAUAUGGGAAUUGGGUACCUAUCUGGUACGAUGAAAGCUCCAAAGGCUUUUGUGUCUAGAAAAGUUUCGUCAAAUGACAAAGUGGUCUCUCGCGGAUGGCUGAUACCCUAA